AUGCAGAGCCCGCUACCAAUGAGCCCGAUGACGCGUCCGCCGCUCAAGCUGCCUCCACGCGGUGGCCCCAUGAGCCCGCCGCCGCCGUCGAGGCUGCCCGUCCCCGCGCCGCGGCCCACCGAGUGGCACGAGUCGCCAGCGCCUCUCAUCGACAUGUCGCAAACUGCAUCCUGGCUGCGAGACGACGACGCGAUUUUCGGGGCGUACGAAGCGCGCCAAGCUCCCUACAACUAUCAAAGCGUCCAGCGCCCAGCGCCACCCAAGCCGGACAACGCAGCGCUCCAUCGGCAGUGCGUCGAUGCGAUGGCCUUUUACGCCAAGCAAGUCGAUGCGCGGCGCAUGCAAAUGGACAAACUCAAACUGUACGCGCCACGCAAGGCGUCCGAGGUCUUUCCCGUGGCUGCCUACGACAUCUUUCUCCCGUCGAUGCUAGCACACGAGACGCAGCGCCUGACGACGAUCCCGCCAUCGUCGCCCAUGACCGACUCGCCAUCGAUACCGGUUCCGAGUUCAACGGACGACACAUCGCUUCGUCUCUAG